ACCUGGCUUAUAAUGAUUUCAGUGGCUCCAUUCCUCCAGCCUUUGGAAUGCUGCCAAAGCUCGAAGUUCUGGAAUGGGACAUUCAAUGUUCUCGGGAAUAUGAAGUAUCUGGUGAACUUCAUGAUUGGCAAUAAUCCUCUGCAACCUGGUGUCUUACCCAAAGGGCUUGGGAAUUUAAAGCAGUUGCAGAAGUUAUCGCUAUAUAACUGUAAUCUUGUAGGCGAAAUCCCGGAUUUCUUCGGCAGAUUGACGCAGCUGGAGUGGUUGGACAUGCGGUACAAUCAUCUACGGGGUAAUAUUCCGACCAGUCUAAUGCAGCUUUCGACAUUGGGAGAACUGCUUCUCGAUCAAAAUAAUUUGUCUGGACGAAUUCCUGCCAACAUUCAUCAACUGAGGAGCUUAACCAUUUUGGGUCUUAGCGACAAUGACUUGUCUGGACGCAUUCCUUCUGAAUUACAAUGGGAUUCACUGACUUAUUUCAGUUUAUCCAACAAUAACUUGUCUGGACACAUUCCAGAAGUUCUAGACAAGCAGGCUUACAAAGACAACUUACUGCCCAAUCCAAGGCUAUGCGGGGGUCGGAUUUUAACGCUACCUCCGUGCUCCACUCCAUACAAGUUGUCACCUGAGAGAUUGGCUACCAUUCUAGUGGUACCCUUAUUCAUUGUAGCCGUGGCUUUGAGCUCCAUUUGUCUUUGUCGUUCGUCUCGCAGGAAGCCAACUGACACGCCAUCGUGGAAAAUGACGCCAUUCAUUUCGACAGAAGUAAACGGAUCGUACAUCCUCCGCAAUUUGAAGGAGAGUAACGUGAUCGGAUCUGGAGGUUCCGGGAAUGUUUACAAGGUCAUUCUGCAGAACGGGCAAGCGGUAGCAGUAAAGAAGAUCCGGAACAGGGGUAAACUAGCAGGAAAUUUAAUGAGAAAUGGCGAGCAUGAAGAGAAUAAAAUUGGGGAAGUAGAGGUGGAUAUAUUGGGACUCAUCCGUCAUACCAAUAUCUUAAAGCUGCUCUGUUACAUUUCAAGCGAAGAGUUCGAUUUCAAGCUGCUGGUUUACCAGUUCAUGCCCAACGGUAGCUUGUUCGACUGUAUGCACGGUGACCCAGAACCACAAAUGGCGCUGCAAUGGCCGAUGCGUUAUCAGAUCGCUCUUGGAGCAGCUCGUGGGCUCAGUUACAUGCAUCAUAAUUGCUCCCCUCCAGUAUUGCACAGAGAUGUGAAAUCUAGCAACAUCUUGCUGGACGAGGAUUUUAGGGCUAAAAUGGCAGAUUUUGGCGUAUCCAGAGUGUUCGAUAGGCUGGGUGAUGAGCAUACAGUAUCUGGUUAUGUUGGGUCGCACGGAUAUAUAGCCCCAGAGUACGGCCAUAUACUCAAAGUGAGCGAGAAAAGUGACGUUUACAGUUUCGGAGUGGUGUUGUUAGAGCUGGUGAGUGGAAUGAAGGCUACGAAUGAGGAGUACGGCGAAGGAGUUGGGUUAGUAGAGUGGAUCCGCAACUCAAUAACGAUGGGCGGGGGAGAGGCGGCAGUGUUAGACCGCCGAAUAGAGGAGGAAAGCUGCAUCGAACAAAUGCUACGGGUAUUGCGGGUGGGUCUGUAUUGCACAAAUUGGGACCCCAAACGCCGGCCAUCAAUGAGGACUGUGGUGGAGAUGUUGGAAUAGUUAGGAGCUACCAUCAAUAAGAAUGAUUUGUUCUAUUACAAUCAAACAUUUAUGUGUCGUUUCAGUUAAUAAAUCUUUAAUAUGUACCAAAUAAUAAUCAAUGAAUUUUUAUUUCUGCAUACCUUCAUUUUAUUUAGAAACAGAUCAUUUGAAUAAAACAUAUAGUUAUUUGAGCUGCAUUCCUGUCUAUCUGCUAAUGACUUCUUCGACCAAUAUAUACUUUUUUUGAGCUGACGUCCUGGUUUUUGAUCUCUUUUGGCAUAUCUUUUUUGGGUUCUCUCUCUUUUGUAAU